UGUCUCUGAACUCAGUUAUUCAUACUAAAACCCACAGCUCAUUCAAAAACAGAAAGAGAAAAGCUUCAACAUUUGGCGAUCAUGGCAAUAAAAAAGGCUUCUAUCCUAAAAAGUUCGAAACGACAACGCGGAAACCCCAGAUCAGGAAGAAGUGCUCCAGAAAUAAAUAGUCUUUCGAGAGUUAUGAGAAGUAUCGAAUUUAGGCAAGAAGUUAUCGUGAAUUCUAAUAACUUGGUUGUUAUUGAAGAAAAGAAGACUGAUGAAGUGAUAAUUCUGGACAAUUCCAAUCUUACGAAAAAUGAUGCUAUGGUUGAUUUAAAUUAUUUAAGGUAUUUAAGGGGGCGUUUGGUUCAGUUUUUCGGUAAAACUUUUAGAUUUUUUUCCUUUUCAAAAAGUCUCAGCUAAGUGUUUGAUAAAAAAACUCUAAAGAUCGUUGGUAACUUUAUAAACCUCUGAAAGCCGCUGAUAGAAAAGCUCCAUUUUUUUAGUUUUUUUAGCUAAGGUUUCGAGCCGUCAUGAAAAUCCUGCUCUUCAAGGAGACUCUGUUGAUGACAGGGAUUGAUUGAAGAUUUCUAUAGAGUUGUUCUAAUCUUGUUUGUAGUCUAGUAUAUAAGUUGAAUCUCUCUUGUAAUUAUUCAUUAGCAAUAAAUAAGAAAAACACUUGCAAUA